AUGGGUCUCGACGAGGAAAAAUUAAAGAAACGGUUAUCGCAGAUUGAGAUUGAUAUCGAUGAAAUGAACGCUAUGAUCGAUGAGAAUUUACAACUAAACAAACCAUUCGUCGAGGGAAAUAUUAACCAUGCCGAUGGUUCAGAUAGUAAUAAUCGAGAAGAAACUGAAGAAAACAAUCAAGAAGAUGAAGCUUUACCAGAACAAAACAUUGACCCUCAGGAAGAUGAUGAUUCAGAAACCGCAGUACCUGAGAUUGACGUUGAUAUUGCUACAGACAGUAAUAAUCAAAUGAAACCAGUUGAUACUCAAGAAACUGACGCUUGGGAAGACGAAGAGAAAAAGGAAGAAGAGAUUGAAUUUGAGAAAGAAGAAGCAGAAGAAGAAGAAAAACACGAUGAGGCAAUUACUGAAGCUAACGAAGAGCUGAAUGAAGGUGACUUCGAAGAUGUAGUUUCAGAGACAAAAUCACAGCCAGCAACUGGGGAAGCGCUACCGGUGGAUGGAAACGAAAGGGAUACACAAAUACCUGAUUCACAGAGCCAAGAAACCGAACAACCAGAAAAGAGCCUGGAUUCAUCAUCCGUCAAUGGAGAAAAUGCUGAAGAUAUUGAUCGUGACGAAUCAUACGAAUACGAAGAAGUAACUGUAACAGAUUCUGAAGAAGAUGGAGAACCUGAGGCUGAAAGCGAACAACAACAAAAGGUUGAUGCUACGAAAUUGAUAUUGCCUCAAUCAUAUACAAAGGACGGAAAUGUUAAACAAGACCUAGAGGAUGAUGAAGAGACCACUGAUGACGACUCUUACGAAUAUGAAGAAGUUACAGUGACGGAUUCUGAUGAGGCAGCUAUUGGACAAGGUGAAGAAGAUGAAGCUGAGGAACAAAGUUCCAAAGACGAAGAAGCUAAAAAAUCUGACCCUGAAUCAAAUGAUCAUGAAAAUAAUGAAAAAACGCCAGAAAAGGAAGCUACCCCAAUUUUGGCAAAGACAGUUGAUAACAUCACUCCAAGCGACGUGGGAGCACCACUACCUGAAGAUAAUGAGGCUCCGAGAGCAAAAGAUAGUGGGGUUGAUUUAUCACUUAAGCUAGAGCCUGAGGUAUUGUUAGCUGCUCGGGAUGCCAAGAAGACUCUACCUAUAACGAAUCCAUUUAGUUCCAGCUCUAGAAAAUCUGUAGAAACCGAAGCGGAAUCAUCAAUUGCUCCAGCAAAUCAAGAACCAGAACCCAAUAGUGUACCAUCACCUUCCCCAGUAUUAACGCACCAAGGCAAAGUAUUGGAAAUGCAAAAAAGACUGUUUCAGCAAUCCCCUGAAUUACAAACACCGGCAAAUUUUGAAGAUAAUAACAACCCAUCCAGAAGUAUAAGGUCUAAUAACAAUAGUUUUACUACGAGAGAAAAACUCCCAAAGAACUCUCAUUUUAACGAUAAUAACAUUGAUUUAAAUAAUGAAUCAAAGAUACAUCUACCAAAGAAAGCUACAUCGUCACAGAAUGCAAAACCAAAAAGUGAUAUCACAUCACCUGUUAUUGGUGGUAAACCACUUGUAGAUAACAACGGGACAAGACGUCCGACGAAUCCAUUCCGUGUUGUAUCUAUCAGCAGUGAUAAAAACAGUGGUAAUAACAGUAGAAAAAGUAGCCAACCAAAUAGUCGUAUAUCGUCCAUAGAAAGGGAAGCGCCAACAUCAUCUUCUAAUAGAUCUAUGGAAUCAGAGGAGGAGGAUGGAGAUAGUAUAACGAAGAUACAGAAUAAAUAUGAUCAAUUGGUUUUAAAGUGUACUAAGUUACAGAAGGAAAUAGAUUAUUUGACAAAGAUGAAUCAUCAAGGGACUUUGUCAAUCGAUGAUACUAAGAAAUUGAGCAAGGCAUUAGAAAAAUUGCAAGAAUACUUGGAUCAGAAAAUGAAAGAGAAAUAUGAAGUGGGUGUUCUACUAAGUAGACGUUUGAGAAGGGAGAUUAACUCGGGAGGGAACGGUGAGUUUUGGAUAGGAAGAAAAUGA